AUGCUGCGUCGAGCACUCUCCGGCGGAGCUGUGAGGCUGUCUGCUGCUGCCGCCGCUGCCUCUGCUGUGGAGCCAUUGAGGAGGACUGCGCUGUACGACUUCCAUAUUGCCCAGGGUGGGAAGAUGGUGGACUUCGCCGGGUGGAGCAUGCCUGUCCAGUAUAAGGAUACCGGCAUCAUCACUAGCUGCCUCCACACAAGGGCGGAUGCCUCCCUGUUCGACGUCUCCCAUAUGGGCCAGCUACGAGUAUAUGGCAAGGAUAGGGUUCGCUUUAUGGAGUCCCUAACAGUAGGAGACCUGCAGAUACUCAAACCAGGGGAAGGGAGGCUCACGCUGAUCACAACACCUCAGUCUACCAUAAUUGACGACACGGUUAUAUGCAACGAAGGGGAUCAUCUCUAUGUGGUACUUAAUGCCAGUAAUACCGAGAAGGAUAUGAAGCAUAUUGAGACCGCCUUGGCAGACUUCGAUGGUGAUGUUAGUCUUGAACCACAUCCCGAGGCCUCCCUCAUAGCCUUACAGGGCCCUAAGGCGAUGGAAGUGCUCCAGCCCAUGCUAGCUGAGGACCUCACAAAGGUGCCGUUUAUGGUAUCUUUCGCCGCUACAGUGAAUGGUGUACCCAACGUUACAGUCACCCGUUGUGGGUAUACUGGAGAGGACGGCUUUGAGUUGUCUAUUCCGACCUCAGAAGGAGUCAAUGCUAUAGCGGAGAAAAUGAUAGAGAACGAGGCUGUCCUCCCAGCAGGACUAGGAGCUAGGGAUACCCUCCGUAUCGAAGCGGGUCUAUGUCUGUAUGGCCAUGACAUUUCUGAAACUACUACAAUCGCUGAGGCAGCAUUGUCCUGGACGGUGUCGAAGCGCCGUCGCAAUGAAGCAAACUUCCCGGGAGCUGAUGUGUUCUUGAAGCAAGUAAAGAAAGGGGCCUCGGCGGCCCACCUGCUAGAGAGGGCAGUACGAUACUGGAUACUGAUNNNNAGCGAUGAGACUUCUGUAGCUCCGGUUGACUGCAGCGCUGCCAUAGAGUACUUCCAAGACUGGAUGGAAACGUCCAUCCCCGAGUCCCCACGGUUCGAGGAUGUGGACCUCGAGCACACUGUCAAGGCUGAUGUCCCCAAUCAGGAAGAUCUGCCCAGCAUUCCCACCCUAGCCCUAGUCAGACCAGAUAUCCUUCGUAGUGAAACUGAUGGUUGGAGCACCCAAGUUGCCCCGAGCGUGAUUGGUGGCCAUCCCGAAUCUACUAUAGGAGAAGUUCCCCCGCCCAACAGAGUGGAUGAAGCCUCGUCUGAUCGAUGGGAUAACUUCGCUGCUAAUGCCGGGGACGGCAGUCAGGUGCCGCCAUCAUCCUCAUCGGCCAGCAGCUGCCAUGGAGAUGCUUGGUCAACUGAGCGGCAAGGAUCGAUAGCAACAACGACUGAAGUAGCGGCAGCAUCAAGUCAACCAGAGGCGACCAGAGACAUGGAAGGCGUCGAUGGUGGCACUGGUGGGGCCCGGCAAGAGCACGCGUUGGCGAUUGCCUCUACUGGCUCUGAGGGCGUGGACUUCAUUGGAUCCUCGUUGUCGGGAGGAGAGUCUGAGUUGGAGCCUGAGAGGCUUCAAGAGGAACCCCUGUCUGAACGGACGCGGGACAGCCACCCGGAAGCGACCCAGAGCGAUACUGAUGUUGGUCAUACCCCAACAGAAGAUGUUCGCCAUCAAUCUCGAGAUACGGACGAUUGGCUCAUUGGGGAGGACAUAACGGCAGCUACUCGCCAACCGGAGAGCACUGCGGAUGUGAGCUCAGGUUCGUCACGGUUGCAGCAGGAUGAGGAAGAUGGUAUAGCGUCUCCUGAAGAGGGUCGUCCUGGAGGAGCUGCUGACCUUUGGGCUCGAGAAGCCCCCAGCAAGACACCGGAAAUCGUUGCAGCAGUGCCCGAGGAGGAGAUGGUUGAUGUCGAGGAUAUGCCUGAGGAUGAAGUGGCUUCGCACGGAGUUGAAGACCUGCAACCACGUGCAUCCUCUGCUGCCACUCCGACAGAACAUGCCUCGAUGAGCGGCGUCCCAGUAGGGUCAACAAUCGUAUCACCGGGACAUGACGAGGUUGUUCUUGCCGGUGGAGUUCCCGUGGAUGAUGAUCACGCGGCCCUUGUUGCAGAAGAUGGUCACGAUGAUGUUGAUAUUGACGGUGACGGUGGCGGCGGCGUUAACGUGGACAAUGACAACACAGUUUUUGUGGCAAGUGACGGCCACGAUGAUGUUGUUACCGCGCCUGGCAGCCACGAUGGUGUUGUUGCCGCGGCUGGCAGUCACGAUGAUGUUGUUACCGCGCCUGGUGGCCACGAUGAUGUUGUUACCGCGUCUGAUGGCCACGAUGAUGUUGUUACCGCACCUGGUGGCCACGAUGAUGUUGUUACCGCAUCUGGUAGUCACGAUGAUGUUGUUACCGCGGCCGACGGCCACGAUGCGGCUGUCGCUGCGGUCGAGCUUCAUCAGGAUUCACUUGUAGAAGGAGACACGGUUGGCUCUGAGUCGGUCGACGAAGACAGAGUGCAUCUACACGAGUCGAGCAUCCCCGCCAACCACUCGAUCGUGGCUCUGGACGAAGGCCCAGUGGUGACGCAAAGUACCCCUGGAUCUUCUCCAACUCCUUGGGAUUCCCCCAAGCAUGAGCAGACGGCGGCGCUCAUGCCCAAGGGGUCUCUAGAUCUCGAGGGCGGUAGCGGAGGUGCUGAUCAAGGUGGUGCAACGCCUUGGGAUGACAGUCAUGAUGGCGCUGAUGUGGAUGAUUUUUGGGGUGCAUGGGAAGAUGCUGAGCCUCAUGCGAAUCAGCAAGAGCAGCGAGCUGGAGCGGUCUUUGUUCCUCAAGAAAAGGUCGUGGAAUCUAAUGAUACAGUGAUUGCUCCCGAUGAAGAACAAGCCCCGUUGAACGAGGGUAGCGUUGCUCCUUCCCCGCAGGGAAGUGCCAAUCCUGUUCCACUGAGUGAGCAUCAAGAGUUGGGAUCUCCUGUUAAAGUGGCAGAGCCGAGCAAUCUCUGGGAUGACACUGAAGUUGAUAGUUUGGCGAUGGAUGGUUGGGACGACCAUGUUCAGAGUCCGGCACAUAUUGGGCCUUUUGCUGCUACUUCCGGUACGGCUGUGCAGAGCGCUUCAGAUUCCCUGUGGGAUCACCCUGCCAAUGCUUCUGUGGAGUCGGGUAUUGUAAGUCCUGACGCCGGUUGGGGGCUCGACCAGGAUAGCCCACGGGCGGUAUCUUCGGCUGUCGCGGGAGAACAGCAGGUGCCUCAACAUCUAUCUACCACCACCACACAGCCUGCUACACAUGUGCCCGUAAGCGGUAGGGAGCAGGAGACCGAUGUCAAGAAGACACCUAGUAAGGAGCCCUUGGAUGAUGAUUUUUGGGAUCUCUUGAAUUCGGCGUAG